AAAUUAGAAUAGAACUUCACUGAGAUUUCAAGUCUCCCCCUUCUCUUUCGCUGAGCUCUGCGUUUUGCAAUGGGUUGUGCAGGAUCCUCACAGUCCAAAGCUGAGGGUGGGGCUGUGAAAAAGAUCCGAAAGCCUAAGCCUUGGAAGCAUCCUCAGCCGAUAACAAAGACUCAGCUAAUACAGUUAAGGGAUGAGUUUUGGGAUACAGCUCCUCAUUAUGGUGGCCGUAAUGAGAUCUGGGAUGCUCUUAGAGCUGCUGCUGAAGCUGAUCUAACUCUAGCUCAAGCAAUUGUGGACAGUGCUGGGGUCAUAGUCCAGAGUUCUGAUUUGACAGUGUGCUAUGAUGAAAGAGGAGCAAAAUAUGAACUGCCUAAGUAUGUUUUGAGUGAGCCAACUAACCUGAUUCGGGAGAGUUAAUGACAAAAGAGAGUGAUUGGUGGGAAAGUGGAUGUAAAUCAUGUACAUUAUUAUCUCAAUUGAUCUGGCAACUUCCAUAGCGGUAGCAACUCUUAUUCCUUACCAUCUCAACUUGAUGUUUACUCUCUCUCGGAACCACAUGACACACUAUCUCAAUUGUUCAAUGAGUGUGGAGGGUUCUUGAUCUUCAUCUUGAAAUACAAAGACCAUUAUGUUUCAUUUUCCUUCCCUAAUGAUGAGCUAUAUAUGGAAGCUAAAGAUUAAAUCUUGAGAAGUUAAA